AUGGGCGUGUCGUAUUGAAAUCGAUCUGCGGUCGUACACUAGAAGUUGCUAGGCUGUCAUGUCUGCUUCAUAUAUUCUGGGUUUAGAUGUAGGUACCACAUCAGUUAAAGCAGUUUUAUUAGAAACGGAAUCACGGCGUGUUGCUGCACGCCAGGAUUUAGCGACGACUUCUGACAUUGCCGAUUUGAACGGGAUCAAGGCAAAGGAGCAGGAUACCGUCCAGAUUUUGGACACUCUCAACCGGUGCAUGGGUCUGCUACCGAGGGACAAACUGCAACAUGUGUGCAGGAUCGGAGUAUCUGGACAGAUGCAUGGAGUUUUAUUUUGGAAUGCAGAGAGGGGCGGCCAUUGGUCCAGAGGCAACUUCAGUCAUCUUAUCACCUGGCAAGAUGGCCGCUGCAGCAACAGCUUCUUGUCCUCCCUUCCAAAACCAGAUUCACACCUCGCUGUAGCCACGGGAUUCGGCUGUGCGACAAUCUUUUGGUACAUGAAGCACAGGCCCGAAUUCCUGAAGGAUUUCACGGUCGCGGGUACUAUCCAGGACUAUAUCGUAUCCAUGUUGUGUGGAUUAGACAGAUGUCUUAUGACGCCGCAGAAUGCUGCCAGCUGGGGUUUCUAUAACACAACUACUAGCCGGUGGAACGUGGACAUUCUGAAUGGCAUGGGCUUCCCUUUGCACCUGCUACCACAGUGUGUCCCCUCUGGUGAGUUGGCGGGCCACACCCGCUCUGACUGGCAUGGCAUCCCCGCGGGUACGCCAGUAGGGGCCGCUCUGGGAGACUUCCAGUGUGCAGUCUACUCUUGCCUGAGUGCAAAGACAGAUGCAGUUCUUAACAUAAGCACCUCAGCCCAGCUGACCUUCGCCAUGCCAGCUGACUUCAAACCUCCCAACUCUCCUCAGCCUGACUCCUCGGUUGCCUUCUUCCCAUACUUUGGCUCCUUAUACUUGGCAGUGGCGGCGGCGCUCAAUGGAGGGAACGCGCUGGCCACUUUUGUGGAGAUGCUCACUGGCUGGAUGGACGAGCUCGGUGUGGAGCUACAAGACCAAUCCAUAUAUGAGAAGAUGAUCAGUUGCGCUCUGAAACAGGAAAGCAGCAACCUCGUAGUACGUCCGACCAUCCUGGGAGAGAGACACGACCCUUUCACUCUGGGUCAGGUGACCAACAUCAGUGCCUCCAAUUUCUCUCUGGGUCACGUGACCAGAGCACUGUGCCGCGGGAUCCUGGAGAACCUGGUCUCCAUGAUGCCCGCUGAGCGGUUGCGGGAGGCGGGAGUCAACAGGAUAGUGGGGAGCGGCAGCGCCCUCGCCCGUAACGAGGUGCUGAGGCAGGAAGUGGAGAGAGCGUUCGCUCAGCCGGUGAUAUACGGACAGAAUGCAGAGUCUGCUGUUGGUGUUGCUUUGGUCUUCUGUGACCGAUGCAAAUCCACCAAGGGUGCUGCUUCUAUGGUUCAAGGGCUCGUGUGAGAAGCUUCUUAAAGGCGACAAAAGGCUGAUUCAGUGAAUGGAGAUGGACGUCUGCUUGUUAUGUAUCACAUGGGUUCUAUUGUUACGUGGCUGAUAUUUAUUUUGCUUUUCCCCCUGCCAACCUCUCGAGCUCACUUCCUUAAUUAUCGUCCUGUCUCGUCACGCCCCGCUGACAUCGACACAGCCACAAUACUAUUGCUCAAUCUAAUGAGCCGAUACUUGCUCUCGAGUUCCACACGUGGCUUCUUUUUUUUUUUAUUUCUCACUCCAGCACAAGUGCCUCAAUCACCUCUGGUUAUAAUGUUCGUUUGUCAAAGGACUUUCAAGAUAAAAGAUCAAAUGAUAACUGUAGCCAAAGCAUUACAGUGUACACUUAUUGCUUCCUAACCAUGAUAUGUAAAUACGAUCUUGCCGUCCAAAAUGGCGUUGUAAACAAAAAAAAAAAACACGUGGUCGGCGUAACAUCAAUGAAAAGUAUCUAUUGGAUUGAAGUCCAGACUAGAAGUAGGCCACUUCAAAAUCUUCAUGUAGUACACGUAAAAUGUUGUAUUAUUUUCAACAAAACUGAGAAAAUGUACAGAAUUAUAGUAUAUGAAAAGGCACAUUCUUUAAAUUCCAAACUUUAUUUUCAUUGAGCUACUUUUGGAUAAACUAUGGUUAUGGGAACUUUGGAAGAUGUUUCUGGGGAAUAUUCAAUUUCCAUUGUUGAACGAAUGCUAUGUGUUAAGAUGUUAUAUGUGGCUUUAAUUAGUCAAUGUUUCCAAUACAUUUUUUCAUUGAUUGAUGACAUGAUUGGGUUCUUCUGUGAGACGUUGAACUGCUUGAAUUUCAUUUACAAAAGAACAAACAAUUGGGGUGUUCUAAAACAUUUGACUGAUACAUAUGGAUAUCUGUAUUGUACCUGUUUACAGUGCAAUCUUUGCAUUUUAACAAAAGGUUUGAGGUUCAUAAUCCAGCUCAUUUGUGAAUAGAGGCAAAUAAAAUGGUGUAAAUAUGUGUUUGAUUACAAUAC